CGCACCGGCGAUGGACCCGCCUGCCGCUCCUGUCUCCCGCCGGCGGGCUCGAGCCCGCCAGCCACCGCCGCCGCCGCGGGAGGCGCUGCCCACUGCAGGCUUGGAAGAGGAGCUGUACGACUGCAUGGACUACAACUACCUGCGUGACUUCCCGGCCUCCGGGGCUGGCCGCAGCAAGGGCCGGACGCGGCGCGAGCAGCAGCUACGCACCAACUACACGGUGCCCGGCGGCCACGAGCGCAAGGUGGCGCAGAUACUGAUGAAUGGGCAGCGGAAGCGGCGCCAGCGCCAGCUGCAACCGCGCCCGCGCACGCGCCUCGCCUGAGCUGGAAACCUGUGAGAGACCUGUUAAAAGUAUUUUCCAACUGUGAGGUUCUCCAAGUUGGUCAGCAGGACUUUUUGACAGUGUUUUAAGUUUACUGCUCCAAUCUUUUUCUCACUAAUUAAUUUUUAAGUAAGUAGUUUCCAAGUUGGUAUGCCUUCUUAGCGUUUUCAAUUAAAAGAGAACAGCAAGAAUGCAUUUUAACUCUUCUGGGUUUUCCUCCAGCCCCACUCCUCCUCCCCGCCCAUUAUCGUGGUGGUAACUGGCUUCCAGUUCACAGGAAAUUGGGCUCUGAAGUAUAAAGAAGAGAUCAAGAGACCAGGGAUGCAAUUUGUUUGCUAAAGUGAUAGUGAGAGAAGCCUGAGGACCCAAGUUUGAUUUCUGAAAGCCAUGUUUUUUUAAGAGCUGGGCGUGGUGGCCCAUACUUAAAAUCCCAGCAUUUGGGAGGUAGAGACAGAUUCCUGGGACUCACUGGCCAGCCAGCUUUAGAUGUUCCUGGCUAGUGAGAAACACUGCCUUCAAAAAAAAAGAAAAAAAAUGUGUCCUAAAGAUGCUUAUAAACACGCAGGCACACACACACACACACACACGCACACACACGCACAAACACACACAGUGAAUUGGGGAAAUGUGGCUCUUCCUCGUUUCUAGGGUCCUUGGUCCACCAGUCCUGAAGAACAAGGGAGCAGAAGUGACGAACGGGGGUGGCCCGUGGGCACAAAUGGAAAUGUCCUUCCAGGACCAGCUUUGGGGAGGCAGCUCCAUUUUACUCAGGGUGAAGGAGGGUGUCUUUAAUAAUCUCAAAUCUCAGCCCUCUGGAGGCAGAGGCAAGCAGAUUUCUAUGGGUUCAAGGCUAGUCUACAUAUACGUGAGUUCCAGGCCAGCCAAGGCAGCACAGAGAAACCCUCAAACAUGAAAGAAAGGUAGCUGAAGUGACAUACAGCAAGCACCGUUCCUCUGUGGCUUCUGCAUCGCGCUCCUCCCGGAGUUCCUGCCCCGGCUUCCCUCAGUGAUAGACUGUGGCUUGUAAGUGUAAGUCAAAUAAACCCUUUCCUUCUCUACAUUGCUUUUUGUCAGGUUAUUUCACAACAGAAAGGAAACUAGAACAAACACAGUGUGAGUAGCAUGCAGAGAGCUCACAGAAGUCAACCAGAUGAUCUGCUCCUAGCAACUUUGCCUCUGUUAGUGCAGCAGUAAAGGUUUUUAUACUCACUUAUCCUUAAGAUUUCUCCUGGGGAUAUGAUAAAAAUUAGGCUAAAGCCAGUCCAUAUCUUAACAGCCUUUUUUGUUUUUGUUUUUAAAACAAGGCCUCCCUGUGUAGUUCGGCUUAGCCUCAAACUCACAGAGAUCCACCCGUCUCUACUAAAUUAUUGGAAUAAAAGACAUUCGCCAGCAGCGUGGUAUUAACAGUAUUUCUGAGGGCUGGAGAGAUGGCUCAGAGGUUAAGAGCACUGGCUGCUCUUCCAAAGGUACUGAGUUCAAUUCCCAGCAACCACAUGGUGGCUCAUAACCAUUUAUAGUGAGAUCUGGCACCCUCUUCUGGCCUGCAGGCACACAUGUGGACAGAAUACUGCAUAAGUAAUAACUAAAUAAAACAUAUUAAGUUUGUAAACAUGAACUGAGUUUACUUUCAUCAGAAAACUUACAGAACAAAAACCUAUUUUUGAAAAUGAAAAUGUUUAACAGAGGCUCUUUCUCCUCAUGCUAACUGAUGAAUGGUAUGGCUCUUAAAAAAAAAAAUUCUUUUCCCAAGACUGGUUUUCUUGUGUAAACCUGACUGUCCUGGAACGCUGUAGACUGGGCUGUCCUGGAUCUCACAGAGGUCUGCCUGCCUCUGCCUCCCAAGUACUGGGAUUAAAAGUGUGCACCACACUGCCUGUCUUCCCAGCCUUUCUGGUUUUUUGUUUUUGUUUUUGUUUUGAUUUUAUUAUUAUUAUUUUUAAUGUAUGGUGCUCUGUCUCCAUGCACACCUGCAUGCCAGAAAAGGGCAUCAGAUCCCUUGAUGGUUGUGAGCGGCAUGUGGUUUCUGGGAAUUGAACUCAGGACAUCUGGAAGAUCAGCCAGUGCUCUUAACCAAUGAGCCAUCUCACCAGCACCCCCCUCACUCCCCUGCACCCACCCCAGGUCAACUCUUUUCUAAGGCUUAUUUUAUUUUACCUGUCUGAGCAUCAUUUCUCAACCUGUAGUUCUGUUAAAAGCAUACCACAGAAACUGAUGUUAUAACUCAGUUGGUACAAGUGCCAUUUAGCUAUUUUUAUUUAUUUGGUUUUUUGAGACAGGGUUUCUCUGUAGCCUUGGCUGUCCUGGAACUCACUCUGUAGACCACUCUGGCUUCAGACUCAGAGAUCCGCCCGCCUCUGCUUCCACCACUGACUGGCUGGUGCAAGUGCUAUUUAAUAUGUGCUUAGUGCUUGAUGUACACUCCCCAACACCACAGAACCAAAACCAAGGGGAGCACUUCCUUCCAGUUAGCACUAAGUCAUGGACCCUUGGGGAUCUUUGUAACUGCUCUUCUCUCCUGAAAUGCCUACAUCCUUAGAGACAUGGCACCCACCUAAGAGGGUGGUGGUUACGACCCACAGGGUAAGAACCACUCCUCAUACAGAGUCUGAGCUGGGUGUGGCACACGUCUGUAAUCCCAGCACUCAGGAGGCAGGGGCAGGCAGAUCUCUGUGAGUUUGAGGCCAGCCUGGUCUACAAAGCGAGUCCAGGACAGCCAAGGCUACACAGAGAAACCCUGUCUCAAAAAACAAAAAAGCUAGGAAGCCAGGCAGUAAUGGUACAUACCUUUAACCCCAGCACUCAGGAGGCAGAGGCAGGCAGACUUUGGUGAGUCUGAGGCCAGCCCUGACUACAGAGUGAGUUCCAAGACAGCCAGGGCUACACAGAGAAACCAUGUCUCCAAAAAUAAAACAGCACUAGAAGUUAUCUGUUGGGCUGGAGCGAUGGGCUCAGAGGUUAAGAGCACUCUCUGUUCCUUUGAAGGUCCUCAGUUCCUUUCCCAGCAACCACAUGGUGGCUCACAACCAUAUAUAGUGAGAUCUGGUAUGCAGGCAGAAUGCUGUAUAAAUAAUAAAUCUUUUUUAAAAAAUUA